AUGGCCUUCUCUCGUUUGAUCCACUGUCUCGUACUUCUCAUCCUUGUCCUUGUGCUCUCGGUCCGGUACCUUUGCAAUAACGCAGCUGUUCUUCCGCUCCAGCCCAACCCCGUAACUAGUAUCGAAACGAACGCAUCCACUCCAGCCAUGUCUACCGGUCUGAAGUCAGUGGCGUAUUUUGUCAAUUGGGCGAUCUACGGCCGCAACUAUAACCCCCAGGACAUUCCGGCCGACAAGCUGACUCACGUGCUAUACGCAUUUGCCAACGUCCGACCAGAAAGUGGUGAAGUUUAUUUAUCCGACACUUGGUCAGACAUCGAGAAGCAUUACCCCACGGACUCUUGGAAUGACGUGGGCACCAAUGUGUAUGGCUGUGUCAAGCAGCUGUUUCUGCUGAAGCAGCAGAAUAGGAAAUUGAAGGUCUUGCUCUCCAUUGGAGGAUGGACUUAUUCACCCAAUUUCGCCCAGGCGGCUAGCACUGAUGCUGGUCGGGCUAAAUUUGCGGAGACUGCCACUAAAUUGGUCACUGAUCUUGGGUUCGAUGGUAUUGAUAUUGAUUGGGAGUACCCCAAAGAUGAUACAGAGGCACAGAAUAUGGUCUUGCUACUUCAGAAGUGCCGGGAGACUCUGGACGCAACAGCUGGUGCGGAUCGAAAGUUCCUCCUGACCAUCGCUUGUCCAGCUGGACCUGAUAAUUAUACCAAGCUUAAGCUGUCGCAGAUGACGCCUUAUCUGGACUUUUACAACCUGAUGGCUUACGACUAUGCCGGAAGUUGGGACACUGUUGCCGGCCACCAAGCGAAUCUAUAUGCCUCAACUGACAAGCCAGCAUCGACCCCAUUCUCCACCAGUCAGGCCGUGAAUUACUACAUGCAGACUGGCGGGGUUCCUUCGUCCAAAAUCAUUCUGGGCAUGCCGCUGUAUGGACGUGCCUUUACCAACACCAACGGACCCGGCACCGCUUAUUCGGGAGUCGGAGAAGGAAGCUGGGAGCAAGGUGUCUGGGACUACAAAGCCCUCCCCAGAACGGGAGCCACCGAAUAUGUAGAUGCCACCCUGGGUGCAUCCUGGAGCUAUGAUCCCACGGCACGCACUAUGAUCUCCUAUGACAAUGUGGCCGUGGGCGAGAUCAAGGUGAACUACAUUAAGCAGCUUCAGCUUGGUGGUGGAAUGUGGUGGGAGACCAGCGGCGACAAGGGAGGCAAGACCGCAAACAAAUCUGACGGCAGCUUGAUUGGCACCUUUGUGGAGGGAGUUGGGGGUGUGUCGAUGUUGGAUCAGUCGCAGAACGUUCUUUCCUACCCCGAAAGCAAGUAUGACAACUUGAAGAACGGUUUCCGGUAG